GACUUCUCUGUGAGCUCACAAUCUUAUUUAUUUAUUGAUUGAUUUAUUUAUUAAUGAGAAAUCCAGGAAUGUGCCAGAAGGUUUGGUGCAGGAAUUAUAAUAGAAUAUAUAUAAUACAAUUUAUUAAAACUAUUAAUUGUAGUAAUUGUGGCUAAAUUGUAUGCAUGCUUAGUAAUGCAUAAACAUCAACGCAUGUAAGAAACGUUCAGCUGGUCCUAGCACGCGCUCGGAGCCCCUCCCGGUAGGCCUGCGCGUGGUCUCGGCGGGGGGGAAACGCCGGUGCGCGCGCGCCGUCCUGUCUCGAUUCAAACUUAAUCCCGGAUUAACGGAGUGUCUGGCUAACAAGCGGAAGAGGGAAAGUUUUGUUCGUGCGCUCUGCUCUCCGUUACAAAGCACCUGAAAUGCGAUCCACAGGAGCGCUUUUCCUCCUCUCCGUGUGCGCGUUAACGGCGUACUACAUCUACUCGCCCAUUCCGGAUAACAUAGAGCAGAGAUGGAAGCUCAUGAUCACCGACUGCUUCUUCAGGAGUUUGAGUCACCUGGCAGACUUCAGCGAGCUGCUAGGUCUGACGGACUACAUGGAUGUGAUGAUGUUCAUCACGUUCCUAGAAAGAGUGGUACCUGUGUCUGACGAGCGGGUGAAGGUGGCGGAAGAGCAUUUUGACGGCGUGGAGGUGGUGGUGUAUGAACCCAGGCAGGAUAGAGGAACAGGCGAGAUGAAGAGAGCCAUCAUCUACCUGCAUGGUGGAGGAUGGUGUCUGGGCAGCUCUAAAAUGGGCCCGUACGAUCUCCUGUCCAGGCAGAUGGUUACAGAACUAAACGCAGUGGUUGUUUCUGUAGAGUACCGCCUGGCCCCUCCGUACCACUUCCCUGUUCCAUUUGAGGAUGUGUACCGUGUAGUGAAGUAUUUCCUUCAGCCUGAUGUUCUGGACAGGUACGAGGUGGAUCCAGAGCGUGUUGCAGUGUCAGGGGACAGUGCUGGAGGGAACCUGGCAGCCGCUGUAACACAGCAGCUGCAGCUGGAACCAAACCAGCAUGUGAAACUAAAAGCGCAGGCUUUAAUCUAUCCAGCCCUGCAAGCACUGGAUCUCAACACACCGUCAUACCAGCAGAACCAGCACAUGCCAAUCCUGCCACGGACACUCAUGGUACGCUUCUGGAGUGAGUACUUCACCAGCGACAAAUCAUUUCUCACCACCAUGUUGACCAACAACCACAACAGUGCAGAAUCCAUUGCGCUGCUCAAAUUUGUCAACUGGAGCGUCUUCCUGCCUGAGCCAUACCGCCGGGCAUACAACUACAGCACCCUGUCUAUAUCGACAGACAAAACCUCUUUGUCGCUAGCAGACCCGCGGGCGUCGCCAUUACUGGUGCCUGACGCUGUGUUGCGUCGGCUGCCUAAAACCUACAUUCUGACAAGUGAGUACGAUGUGCUACGUGACGACGGCAUGAUGUAUGUAACACGUUUGCGUCUGGCUGGCGUCGAUGUGACACACGAACACUACGAAGAGGGGUUUCAUGGCACAAUUAUGUUCACGCUGUGGCCCACCGAGUUCGAAGUCGCCCGCAGAAUUGUGGACAAUUAUCUGCUGUGGCUCAAGGAAAAUUUGUAAAAAUAUAUUUGCUACAGAAUUGGUUUACAUACCUUGUCUCAGAGGUCCUUCCCAGCACCAAGCUGCAUAUAGAUGUUGCUUUUUCACAUUUUGUCUGUUUUUUUCAUGUGUUGGAGUGUUUCCUGAUUUUAAAAGGGCACAGUCUGAUUUACUGUUAUAUUAUCAAGAUGUAACAUUUUUAUGACUCAUAACUAGAUCUGGCUCAUAGAUACAAACAAAGCAGAGAAAUGGAUUUUUUUUUAUCUCUGUCAGUCUCUUGAUUUAUGCCAGUAUAACAGUAUGCCAGGGUUUUUUUUAAAGUCUCAUUUAUUUACUGACAUCUUUGGACAUUCUGGUAAUCUCUUUUGUGUUUUUUCACUCUUUAGACUUAAUGGGGUUUAGUUUAUCAAGCAGUAAAGUAAGAGUGUCUCCAAUGCACCUGAUUUAUUUUAAUGUAUAACUGUGAAAUCCUGGUGGUAAUUUGCAUAGGUUUUAUUCAGUUGAUUUCUUUCAUCAUAGCUGCAUUCUUAAGUGCCUCAGAAAGUGUGUGCACAGAACAACCAACAACCGAGGAGUGUUAAAAUGUAGGUUUUGCAACUUUUCACAACUGGGCUUUUAAUUCCACUCACGAUAAGUGAAGCAUGCAGUGAAGUAACACGGUCAGGCUGAUUUAUAGCCCAUCCUACCCACACACACCUCCUCAAUACUACUCCAGCUCUGGUUUAUAUUAAAGCACUCAUUCUAAAACAUUAGUGUUUCUAUAGUAAUGUGUAAUUCACAGGGACUUAUAUGGUGUACACUCCACAAAAACAGAUUUAAAAAAAAAUGUGUAGCAGUUUUGGAAGGAAUCUCUAGUGUCAGCACUUUGUAACAGUCAAGUGGAAGGAAAAAGAGAGGCUGAUGAGGGAACAACUGUUUAUACCUACUAUAAAAGAAGUGACUAACUAAGUAACUAAUUUGUUUCAUGGACAUUCCACAACAUUAAAUGUAACUAUAAAUGGAUAAAAAAGUAUUACGUGUUGUUCUUUAAUAAAUAAAACAAAUGUUAGCAAAUUGAUGUGGUAUACACAGGAUAGCAUACGAUAUUAAGUCACAUCAUGAUUUUAAGUUUAUUUUAACCUUAACAGCUACAAGCAAAACUAUAUUAAAUUGCAACGCAAUGACAGAAGUCAAUGUCUCUAAAAGUUUAUCUUAGUACAUGACAAAACCACAGUCGUUAAUACAGAGGUGCCAACAUCUAUGGUUUAGCCAUAGCAUUUAAGAUUUUCGACCCCUUGCUACGACAAUAUGGGAGACAGCUAAGAACUACACUUUCCUGCUUUUUCAGCUAAAGCAACUUU